CACACACACACACACACACACACACACUCAUGGUAACCAGUUCAGGAUGGACACAGAAACAGUCAUAGUCUUUUUUGGGAACACACUCCCCUAUGACACUUAGAUCCUAAUGCUGACUCCAAUUCCCUCCUGGGACCUCCCCUCUCCUUGUAGCAUGCUGGGCUUUCCCUUAGAAAACCCCAUGUCAUUUCCUUCAAUGGAACAUCAAUCAGCUUCACCCACAGUGUCUGCAUGUCUCUGUCCAUAGCAAAUGUUUUUAUUACUUUAAAAUAUAGAUUUUUACCUUAACUAGCCAAAGACUUAGGACCCUUUUUCCAAGCUCUUUUAGAUGAAGUAAUAAAUGCAAGUAUUAGAGAUGUGUAUAUGUGUAUAAAUAUAUGGGGAAAAGAUGUUGCCUAGUUGUACAAAUUAGCUUUAACAAAACUCCUGAUUUAAAUUAUUUAAUUGUGAGAAGGGUGAUUCUAACUCAACACCCCAAAGAAAUAAAAGCCUUAUCCCUCUGCUCCGCCAAAAUAUCCCAUUCAGAGCCUGCGUGUGUGUGUACACACACGUGUGCACUCAUCCCCACCUGACCGUAUCAAAUUAUUUAAACUAGAUAUUUUUAUUUUGUUGCAUAGUAGUAACAGUUUCUGGAAUAAAAAAAAAAAAAAAACAGGAGAAUAAAACUGUUUAAAUGUAUCUCCGGGUGGACGCUGUGGCCACUGCACCGACCCCGCCAAUGGCGCCGAGUACCUGCGUUUCAGGAAGAGGUUCUGGCGGGGCCUCCGCCUGAGGCCGCGCCCCUGGGACUGUCCCGCGUCCACGUGAACGCGGAGCGCAGCAUUCACCAUCCUCUCCCUGAAACAGCGGUCCCCGAGGCGCUCCACAGGCAGGGCCGAGCUGGGCGAGGGGGAGCCCAGCCCUUGCACGGGCCGCCCUAAGCGGCGGGGACGCAGGAAGAGCUCGCCGGCUCCACCAGACCGUACCCCAGACGCGGGACCUGGGGCCAGCGAGGACCAGGAGCCCCCGCCCCACGGCUGCCAGGAGGCGGACAGAGGCAGCUCCUGGGGGGCUACCGCCCCGAGGCCGUUCCGCUAGAACUUGAGCGACUUGGGAAGGGGCAGAGCCCCGCCCCUGAAGAGGAGCGUGUGUCCUGGAGGCAGCAGCCUGGGAGCUCCUCCUCCGAGGGCACCGCAGAGGAGAGUGACUCUGGCGGCGCAGCGCUGGCUUUCCCGUCCGCAGAGGAGGAGAGCUGCGGGGCUGGGUGAGCUGGACCCGGGAGCACGGCUGGCUGCUCUCGGCCUCCGAUGGGGAGUGGACAGCUUAAGGGGUUGCCCCCGUGCCAGCCGGCCUGCUGGCCACGCUGGGCUUUAUCACCGCCUCACCUGCCUGCGCAGGCGCCUAGCACCGCAGGCUGGAGCUUCUGGCCAUGCUGGUCAACUUCCCCAACGAGCCUCCGCUGCCUGGGAACAGCAAGGCCAGGACAAGCAGGGCUACAACGCCCUGCACUUGGCAGCCAUGUACCUUGGAGAUGGUGAAGCUGCUAGUGGGGACCUAGGACGCCGAUGUGGACAUCAGGGACUACAUUGGGAAAAGGGCCUCCCAGUAUGUGAGUCAGAGCAUCACAGAGGAGAUCGAGACCCUGGUGGGAGUCCUGGACGAGGACGACUGGGAGAGCACCGUCGGGGGUGGGUACUGGGAGAUUUAAAAGGUGCCCCCUCCAUCUCAUCACCUACAAACUCUCACACGUCCUGGAAGAUGGGGGGACCCUCUUCACCAUCACCACUUGGCUGAAGGUGGUCCAGAGGCGAAGCCAAGGAUUCCAGGGCGCACAGUCUCGGGCAGGACUAACGGACUUGAAAAACACAGGCUCAACAAAAUUCACUUCACAACCGGGAUGCUUCACAUCACACCCUUUCAGGGACCCAGAGCAGCCACUGGAAGAGGAGUAGGAACGCUCUCUUAAAGGCCACUUAUCCUAUUCCUCCAAAUUAAGACCAAAGUCCAAUGUAUUUAGGUAAAAAUUAUUUCUUCUAGAAAAUGCUGAGGUCUUCUGAAAUUUAAUAACAGAAACAAAAAAAGAACACUAGAUGUGUGUAACGAAGUGAGACCAGAAAAGACAAACUAAAUUUUCAUUACUAGGUUGGAACGGAUGGGGUGGAGUUCCCAUCAGGCUAGCAUUCUGGGGAAACUGUUUUUCUUUUUUUGGGGGGGGGGGACGGAGUCUCGCUUGUUGCCCAGGCUGGAAUGCAGUGGUGCGAUCUUGCCUCACUGCAAGCUCCCCCUCUCGGGUUCACGCCAUUCUCCUGCCCCAGCCUCCCAGUAGCUAGGACUAUAGGCGCCCGCCACCACGCCCGGCUAAUUUUUUUGUAUUUUUAGUAGAGACGGGGUUUCACCGUGUUCUCCAGGAUGGUCUCGAUUCCUGACCUCGUGAUCCGCCCGUCUCGGCCCCCCAAAGUGCUGGGAUUACAGGCGUGAGCCACCGCGCCCGGCCAGAUUUCAAGAGAUUCAUCAUACCUUGACCUGUGCCCCAUUUCCCUCCUCCACCUGUCUGACCUGGCGUCCCUAUUUCGGGAGACUAGAAGUGGGGGAAAGAGAAGGGAUGGCUGUUCUUUGCUUUCACCAUUCCUGGAUGCCCUGCAAAGGAAGGAAUAUUGUGCUUUUAUGUAUCUGUUUUAUUAAGUGGUUACUCUUCCAAGAACAAAAAAAAAAUGCAAAUUGUUACGAAACUGGUAGUAUUUGUAAGUGCAAGUACUACAUGCUGCCUUGUUCUUUUACCAAUUGCAUUUCCAUUUUAAGGUACUACUGGUACAGCCACGGUGGAGAACAGUUUGGAGGUUCCUCUAAACACUGAAAAUAGAGGUACCACAUGAUCCAGCAAUCCCACUGUUGGGUAUAUACCCCAAAAAUAGGAAAUGAGUGUGUCGAAGAAAUUAUCUGCACUCCCAUGUUGGUUGCACCACUGUUGACAAUAGCUAAGAUUUGGAAGCAACCUAAGUGUCCAUCAACAGCUUAAUGUAUUAAAGAAAAUCUGGUAGAUACACACAGUGGAGUAUUAUUCAGCCCUAAAAAAGAAUGAGAUUCAGUCAUUUGCAACAACAGGGAAGGAACUGGAGAUCAUUAUGUUAAGGGAAAUAAGCCAAGCACGGAAAGGCAGACAUUGCAUGUUCUCACUUAUUUGCGGGAUCUAAAAAUCAAAACAAUUGAACUCAUGGACAUAGUAAGUACUAGGGGGCUGGGGAGGAAGGCAGGGGAUGGGUAAUGGGUACAAAAAUAGGCAAAAGGAAUGAAUAAGACAUACUAUUUGAUAGCACAACAGGGGGACUCUAGUUAGUAAUUGUACAUUUAAAAAUAACUAAAAAAAUGUAAUUGGAUUGUAACACGAAGGAUACGUGCUUGAAGGGAUGGAUACCCCACUCUCCAUGAUGUGAUUAGUUCACACUGCAUGCCUGUAUCAGAACAUCUCAUGCACCCCAUAAAUAUAUAUGUCUAUUAUAUGCUCACAAAAAUGUUUGAAAAUAAAAAUAAAGGAACUACUGAAGGUCAGGUCAGAGUCGAAAUGCAAAAAUACUAAUUAGAGAAUAAUGUGAAUACAAUAGGAAUCCUGUUGGUAUUCUAUUUGUAUUGUAAGCAGCAGUUCAAUUGUUUUGUCAAAGCAAUUUCAAUUUUAAUCACUGAACUAAAGAAAUGGGCAACACUGACUUCCGUAAUAUAGGUUCCACCUAACCAUCUCUAACACCACUGUCAAGGAGGACCGGUGUUAAGGUACAUUAACAACCACACAAAUUUUUAAAAGAAAAGAACACUCUUAGCAGCCUAUGGUACUUUUAAAUGAAAUAUUGCCUCUCAUUCUAAUUCUCACUUGUGUUGCCAUUCUAAAAGUUUGAAUUUGCUGAGGUUUAUAUUCUGGGUAUUAUAUAACCAUUGGUUCUAUUUGGCAUAACCCUAUUAAAUGCUGCUUACAGCUGAAUUACCUACAGAAACUUUCUGGUUUAAUUAGCAUAAAUUGGCUUAAAUAUUAGUGAGCCCAUACUUCUGUGAUACAAUUAUUGAACCAACUUAAUGAUUCUCACGUAAGGUGUGAAUUUACUAACGCAUUCAUAAUCUAUGCUUUGUAGCAACAUUUUUCAAAUGUUUAAAACGCUAAAUCUUCUCAAUUUUCCAAUCUUUUCUUGAAUCUAUUAGAUACCUAUAGUGUAGUUGCUGAAAAGCUGGGUAACAAAUACACCCAGUUAGAAAUGGCACUGCUUUAUAAAAGGAACUAGAGAAAAGACGAGACUAUUUCUAUAUUUAAAUACUGCUGGCAAGUGAAUUCCUUUGUAUAUAAAUGAAAGAUACCAUUAAAAUGAAAGACUUGUUUUAAGUGUGGUUCUUACAUUUCAUUCAUUUAUGAUAGAGUAAAUGGCUUUAUAAUUACUUUAAAAUUUAACUCACUAGUAUAUUAAAUCUGUUCAUUGCAAGGUUAGAAUCAACUGUUAGGGGAACUAAUUUAAACAAGCCCUUCCUUAGUCUUUUGAGUCUCGUAUUUGCUGAAAGUACCUACAGCUUGCAGAAUAAGGGAGUUCACGGACCACAGGGUGAGUGAACCCAAGCACAAAUUGCAAAGUGCCCAGAGCUACAACAUUUAGGAUUUUUAGACCUUUAAUUUUCCAAGUCAUAGAAAUUUGUUACAAGUUCAUCACAUCUUUGUCUAAAUGGCAACUGAAUUUCUUUAAAGAUAGGUUAAAAAAAGGCAUAAAACUAUGAACUAUUAUCCAUUUGUAUGCCUCUACUUUUGCUUUGGAAUUAUGGAAGUGGACCCUGUGCAUUUGGGAAACACUGUUAUGCAUACACAUGGGUGAAAAAAAUCUAAUAUUGUGUAAAUUAAAAUACUUUUGAAGUUGAAAAGCAUCCAUUUGUUCUAAAUCUAUAUAUAUUAUGUGUAUCUAGUACAGAAUAAGCUGUAACUUCCCAUUGAGGAAUCUUAGGUUUUACAGAUACGUAAAGCUAAAGCAACUCUAAAGAGUAAACACUUCAGAACAGGAAGGUUCUGGUCAAUGUUGAGAGUAGACACUUUCACUGAAGGUUCUGGUGAAAUGUGGGCAACUAAUUGCUCAAAAUCUGUAAUUUGCUAUAUAGUUAACUAUUAAGUUAAAAUGUCAUUUACCAUGCUUUUUACACUAAAAGCUUUAACUUUUCUGAUAAAAUAUUUUAAAUGUUCAAUUAUUACUUCUGAGGAAAGCUACUUCUAGCGUUCUUUGUCAUGAUGUGCUUGUGUGCAGUAAGUGGAGCAUUUUCAGCUACUUACCUCUACAUUCUUCCAGUUUUUCAGUUUCUGAUUUAGAUUAUAAAAGGCAAAUGACUAAUUUAAUUUGAUACUCAGAGUUGUGUUUACCUUUAAUGUACAAAUAUAUGUCAGAUACUUGAUGUUUAUUGAUAUGACACUAUGUGGUUAAACAGCGCAAGUAUGUCCAUGUGUUUCUUAGAGGGUACACUUGAAACUAGUAGUGUUUAUGCAGCUCACUUAUGUAACUUGAAAAUCUGGUACUAUUGCAUUCAGGACUGAAAUCUUGGAGUUUAGGUGUCUUGUCUCUCAUUUUGAAAGUAAGUUGAAAGUUGAGAAUGUAAAAUCUAUAAAGUUAAUUUUUUUAACUAGGAAAAAAAACAAAUUAAUGACAGACACCAAAUUACAAAUCCAAAAACCUCAGAGAACACCAAGCAGGAUGAAUAUUUUAAAAAUAUACCUAGGAAUAUCAUAUUCAAACUGUAGAAAACUUGUAACAAAGAUAAAAUAUUAAAAUAAGACAGAGGAAGAAACACAUUGUCUACAAAGAAACAGACAUAAGAAUUACAUUGGACUUUUGUUUAGAAUCCAUGCAAGUAAGAAGUGUUGAAAAAAAUUAGAAUACAGUGGGUAUUUAUUAUCCAAGUAUUCAUUAUCUAAAACUGCAAAGCAAAAAUAAUUGUUAACAAGAACAUAUUCACUAGCAACCUGAGCACUCAUGAUAUUAGUGUCUGUUCUGGAGAGAAUUAUGUCCCCCCAGAAUUCCCAACCUGAAGCCCUAUCUCCCAGUGUGACUGUAUUUGGACAAGGAGCUUUUAAGAAGGUAAAGGUUAAAUAGGGGCAAAAGGGUAAGGCCCUAAUCUGUUAGGACUGGGGUCGUCAUCCAAAAAGGAAGAGACACCAGAGAUAUCUCUCUCUCUUCUCUCCCUCUCUGCCUCCCUCCUUCUCUCUCCCUCCCUCCCUGUCUCUCUCCCUCUCCCCACAUACAUUUAAUUGUUAAAUUGAGAUUUUUGUUAGAACAUAUAUAGUGGCAUUUUAAUAAAGUGUUACUCUACUUAAAACACACACACACAAUUUUGAUAAAUUCUUUUUUGAGGAUAAGGCCGGGCAUGGUGGCUCACACCUGUAAUCCCAGCACUUUGGAAGGCUGAGGCAGGUGGAUCAUCUGAGGUCAGGAGUUCAAGACCAGCCUGGCCAACAUGGUGAAAACCUGUCUCUACUAAAAAUACAAACAAUUAGCUGGGUGUGGUGGCGGGCACCUGUAAUCCCAGCUACUCAGGAGGCUGAAGCAGGAGAAUCCCUUGAACCCAGGAGAUGGAGGUUGUGGUGAGCCGAGAUUGCACCAUUGCACUCAAGCCUGGACAAAAAGAGCAAAACUCCGUCUCAAGAAAAAUAAAAAUAAAUAAAAAUAAAAAACACCAAACUGGGACGUGUCCCUUUUAGGCAGAUAUAACUUUACCAUUACUAAAAUUGAGCCUCAGAAACAUUAAGCAUGCUACACAAGCUUAGCUGGGAAUGAAUACUGAAAUGGAAGCUUGAAUCCAAGAUGAUUUAUUUUGAAUCCCAUGCUAAUGCCGUUAACUCCUAUAUACCCUUCUCAGGUGCAGCCAGAGAGACACUAGGCCACUGAUGAACGGGCAGACGUGGGCAGGGUCCGUCUCACUAAACCACCCACCACUGCCACAGCUGCCUACAACAGACACAUCAGAUGACAUUCCAGGCAAGUAAAUGAUUUUCACUGUGGACUUAUUGGUUUUAAUAAUAGGUCCUGGUGCAGAGAAGUCUCUCAACCUACUGUGCAACAAGUUUUGAGAAGCGGGUAAGCUAUAUGUUUUGUGAUUUUGUUUCAUAAAUGCAUCUACAGGAAGACCAAUAUUGACUGAAUGAAGCUUUCAUUUAAAGGGCUAAAAUAUGCUUUGUGUUUUUAUAUGUGGAAACUACUUUAAACCUAAUGACUACUUAUUGUAUCAUAGCUUGUGAUGUAUUCUGCUCAUGGCUUUUAAGGUAAAUUGUGCCAUGAUCCACUGCCAUUCUAACUGCUUUAAUUAACAAGUCAUUACCACACUACUGUUACAUCUUAAUUAUGCAUACAGACAGGUAGACUUAUUUUACAUAUGUGAACUAACUAGUUGUCAAAGCAAAUGCAGAUUGUAUUCUGCAAGUAAAGUCUUUUUCUCUCUGAAAUUUCUAGGGAUGUUCUUUCAGUGAAAUUAAUAUUCAACCUGAAGAUUUUAGUUAAAAGAACUGAGUGCAGAUUAAAGUCUUGUGAUUUAAACAUAGUCAAGAGUACAACUGUGAUAUUUCAUUGAAGUUAUGCAAUAAAAUAUCUGUAACCUGCAAACAAAUCAAGCAGACGGCACAGUACUGAAUUUGAAACCAGAAAUACUGGGUUUUUAUGUAAAUGCUUCAUAGAUUUGUUUUAUGAUAAAGGGUACAUAACUCUCCUAAACCUCACACCACCUCUUAAAUAGGGACAAUAAGUCCAUAUCAAUGCUGAUGCCUAAGCUAUUAUUAAACUCUUACAGUAUGAUGUAAAGUGAAAGUACAAUGUAACAUCAUUCCUAGGCCAACUUUGACCAGUUUUAUACAGAAACAUGUGCCAACUUUUCUGUUUGCAAGGAUAAUAUCAAAGCAAACACCAGAAAGUUAUAUCUUUGAUGCAUUUUUUCAAAAUCAUACACAUAAUAAACCAAAGACAAAUGACGAAUAUUAUUUCAGAAAAUAUAAAGUCUUCCCCUUUCUUCUUUUGCCAAGGAAGUCCAAUAUUUUCACCAUUUUUAUGCACACAAUCAACUUUAUUUAAGCUGGAAGUUAAUGUCUCAUUGUUUUCACUGUUCUAAAUAAACACCUUUUCCCUUGAGUAUUGUUCUAAAAAUUUUGAAGUCGUGUGAAAAAUUUUGUUCUGAUUUUUCACGGUUGUGCUAAUGAUAUGUGAAAAGGAAUACAGAUGGUAUUUAACUAUGAACAAGAAAAGAUGUUAAAUAUCAUUAGUCAUUAGAUAUUUGUAAAUUAAGACCACAAUGACUAACACAUAUAUAUCAGAAUGGCUAAAAUAAAAAUAAAACAUCAAACGCUGAGGAGCAUGAGUAAAAACUGGAGCUUUCACACAUUACUGGUGGGAAUGUAAAAUCGUACAGCUAUGCCAAAAAGGAGUACAGUAGUUUCUUAAGAAACUAAAGGAACCCGAGUCCCCAGGCCUGCAGUCUGGGCCAAGGUCACUGGCCCUGGAUCAAUCAGGAUGGGGUUCAGGGGACUUCCUGGGGCCAUCCAGUGUCCAAGGUGCCCUUUGGUGGCCUCAUCUGCCCCUCAGCCCCUGAGCACGCCCCUCUAUCCCUCCAAUCCUCCCUGUCACAGGGACAUCUGUCUCAGAGCCCUGCCCCACCUCCUGCUUUCUGGAGAUGCCAACUGCCCGGGGUGCUCUUAGCCCUGCCCUCCCCAUCUCCGGGUCCUGACCAAGGUGCUCUAAUAGACACCCCGACCCAGGUCAGGGAGCUGCCAGCACGCUGGGUCCCUGAGGCUGAGAUCCAGCAAGACACAUGUGGCCUGAGGGUCCCACUCUCUGGCUGGCAGAACCCAGAGGUGGGAGCACAUUGGAGUGUCCUUCAGGGCGUUUUCACCCCAUGAGAGGGCUGGGGGCUUUGGGAGUUUGCAGCUGGCAGGAGUGAGGACCCAGUCUCCUAUCUCUGAUGCGUCCUUGGUCAAAUCCUGUCUCCCAGCCUGCAGGGCCUAUUGCAGUCACCACGUGAGUGUGUUCCCUUAGUCUAGGGAGCCCCAAGCAGGCAGCACCCCCUGCCAACGACUUCAGGGCACCUGGAAUUGGAGGCUGAGAGGUCUCCCACUUCGCAGAGCUGGGCUCUGGCCCAGAGGCCUUCUCCUUGGCUCAGGUGGUCUCUCGGGCUCCUGGGGCUGCAGAUCAGGGGACAAACACGGGCAGCUCUGCUCUGCCUACAGAGAGGUGCCCAGUGAAUGCAGGUUCCAGACAAAAGGUGGAGCCUGGCAUCCUGCCCUGCGUGGACUCCAGCCUGCUGCCAUCUGGGGAAACUGAGUCAUGGCGAGGCUCGAGGAUGUUUCUCAGACCACACCAGUCCCUGAAGGUCCCCUGACCUCCCAAUCCUGACUGACAGUUAGAAGAGGUUCCCAAGCCGCCUGCCACAGGUUCUGGCUCGGCCUGAGUUGGGGUAAGUCUCCAGGCUGCUGUCCUCAAAGCCCCAUCAGGAGGCUGUGUCAGACCAGGCGCACCGUGGUGACAGCAGCAUGGACUGAGAGUUCCGGCCGCGGGAGAAGUUAGGACCGGGGGAGGUCAGGUCCAGGAGGACGGCACUAGCCGGCACACAGUGGGGCUGGAGAGACCCUGGGCGGGGUGGUGGGAAUGGCCCAGGAGGAGCCCGGCUCCUGUGGCUGGAGUGAGGGUGAGGGCUGUGGUGGGAGAGGGGCUGAAGGUGGAGAGAACAGGAGCCCAAGGGCCUGCGCUGUAGGAGGGGCAUGGACUUCCUAGUGAGGACUUUCUGGUGGGGGGCUCUCAGGGAAGAGGAGGCCAGAGGGGCUGGGGGUCCCCAGGACUGCAAGCGCCAGGCAGGCGGAGGGGAGGCCGAGCCAGGAGCCGCAGGCUUCUCACUGCCAGACCAACGCCGCCCUCCGCUGGCCGCGUGGGGAAUCGCGCCUAGGCUGGGGCUCCCCUGGCCCCAGGUGUGGGGGACUCCGAUUUGUCCUGGGGCGCUUCCUACCCAUCCAGCCUCCGCCAGGCAGCCUGGCCCUGGGUGGCUUUGAGGGCUGCCUCCGCAACACAGGACCUGCCUCCGCCCUGUGGGGCAGAUUUGGGCGUCUGACUCUGGACACUUACCCAGAGGCUGAAUUCAACUCCCCAGCGAAGAGCACACUCAGACUCCCUCCCCGCUGUGCCCAGCCUGAGGGGACCCUGGCUGGGACUUGGGAGGAGAAGGCCAGAGGCCAGGGCCUGGCUCUCCGGCACUAGGUCCAGGAGAAAAUGGAGCAGAGUCCCUGCAGGAACUGCCUCAGACUGCCCCCGAGGGGACCUGGCCUGGGACCCUCCCUGUGCUACCACGCUGCUGUUGGGGCCAGAAGAGCAGGGAGAGCAGCCACCUGUACGGCAUCAAGUAACACUACCAGUCAGCACACCCAACACCCACACGACAGCCACAGCCCUCUGCCGUGAGAGGGCUGCAAGUGAGCAGUCUCCUCUGUCUUGUUCACCCUGAGCGCGGAGCUCCGCGCACGACAGGAUCAGAGAGCAAACCAGGAACAAAUGGAUGAACCAAGGAAGGGGCCAGGGCAGUAGAUCCCCACCCACACCCUGAACCCUAAGGGGGGGACACAGAGGCUGGAGACGGGCUGGCCCCAGGAUCCUCUAAGUGACAGGAACCCUUGGCCACUGCGGAUUGCCCCGAGGCGGGGACAGGGAUGGUGGGGCUGGGGCUGCCUGGCCCUUUAAGAGAGCAGUUCUGCCCGCCGCCCUGAAUGCCCCCUCCCCUAGCUACUGGAGAAGAGAUCCCGUUUCUUGGCAACAGGAAGCUCUUGGUUUACAGUGUCACCCAAGCGACUGGGAGCCGCGUCCCGCUCUAGGACUGAGCCGUUGGAGCUGCCCCGCUGACCGCACUAGGCUGACCACAACCGGCCGACCAAACACACUCCUCACUCUCCUGGCCCUGGUGGGCGGCAGGCACCAUGGCGCAGACGGAUGUGCUCCUAACCAAAGAGCCGGCCCCGCAGACGGUGCCGCCCUGCGAGCUGCCCUGCAAAGAGUACGACGUGGCCCGCAACACGGGCGCCUACACGUCCUCCGGCCUGGCCACCGCCGGCUUCCGCACCUCCAAGUACUUGCCGGAGGAGUGGUUUCAGAACUGCUAUGCUCGCUACCACCAGGCCUUCGCCGACCGCGACCAGUCGGAGCGGCAGCGGCACGAGAGCCAGCAGCUGGCCGCAGAGACCCAGGCGCUGGCGCAGCGCACGCAGCAAGACUCCACGCGCACGGUGGGCGAGCGACUGCAGGACACGCACGGCUGGAAGUCGGAGCUGCAGCGCGAGGUGGAAGCGCUGGCUGCGGAGACCGACCUGCUCCUGGCCCAGAAGCAACGGCUGGAGCGCGCCCUGGACGCCACUGAGGUGCCCUUCUCCAUCGCCACUGACAACCUGCAGUGCCGCGAGCGCCGCCAGCACCCCAACCUCGUGCGCGACCAUGUGGAGACGGAGCUGCUGAAGGUGCCAGCAGCCUUGGGUGGCUGGGACUUGUGGGCAGAGAGGAGGAGCCCCCCACCCACCCACCGCAGUUCACGUGGACAAGCCACGUGGCUACUGCAAGCACGCGGGAGCCCAGCCCUCUGCACGCCCUUCCCCCUGCACCCUCUGUGCCUCAAGAACUCCUGCAGCUCCCGCAAACCCUCUGCCUGCAACAAGGGCACCUGCCAAGUGAUGGAGACACUGACAGUGCAGGAACAGGCAAACCCAGGGACAGAGGGGUGCAGGACUCGGGCCCUGGCACACAACGAGGAAGCCGAGCUCAUCCGGAACAUUCAGGAGCUGCUGAAGAGAACCAUCAUGCAAGCAGUGAGCCAGAUCCGACUGAACCGGGAGCACAAGGAGACCUGCGAGAUGGACUGGUCGGACAAGGUGGAGGCCUACAACAUCGACGAGACCUGCGGGCGCCACCACAGCCAGAGCACCGAGGUGCAGGCUCAUCCGCACUCCACCACCUUCCAAGAGAGCGCCUCCACCCCAGAGACCUGGGCCAAGUUCACGCAGGACAAUCUGUGCCGCGCCCAGCGCGAGCGCCUGGCCUCGGCCAACCUGCGGGUGCUGGUGGACUGCAUCCUUCGAGACACCUCCGAGGACCUGCGGCUCCAGUGCGACGCCGUGAACCUGGCCUUCGGGCGCCGCUGUGAGGAGCUGGAGGACGCGCGGCACAAGCUGCAGCACCACCUGCACAAGACGCUGCAGGAAAUCACAGAUCAGGAGCACAACGUGGCGGCACUGAGGCAGGCCAUCAAGGACAAGGAGGCACCUCUGCACGUAGCCCAGACCCGGCUGUACCUGCGCUCGCACCGGCCCAACAUGGAGCUGUGCCGCGACGCAGCCCAGUUCAGGCUGGUGAGUGAGGUGGAGGAGCUGAACAUGUCCCUCACAGCGCUGCGGGAGAAGCUUCUAGAAGCGGAGCAGUCCCUGCGCAACCUCGAGGACACCCACAUGAGCCUGGAGAAGGACAUCGCUGCCUUGACCAACAGUCUCUUCAUCGACCGCCAGAAGUGCAUGGCCCAUCGUACUCGCUACCCCACCAUCCUGCAGCUGGCUGGCUACCAGUAAGCAGCGGCACAGUGCUUCCCCCCCAUCUCCCAAAUAAACAGCGCGUUAGCUUUCU